AUGCAGUUUUUGCAGAAGAUUGCAAAGACGGUGCUGCGACUGUGCAGUCUGGCUGGCCGCUCCAAAAAGCACGAGGAACUUCUUCGUGAUAUCGGGUGGACGAAAGAAACACUGCCUCUAGAAAUCCUCGCGAGCUGCAUAAAGAACGAUUGGAGUGCUGACAAUGAAGAGGUGAAGACGCUGAUGCGACGCCUCAAAGGAGGUGUUUCGACUACAAAGGAUAUUCUUGAGGCGACGUUCGCACAUUUAACAGAUGUGGCGAAGAGACACAGCAAGUCGCAGAAACUCUCCCACUACAGCCGGUGGCUCUACGCCACCUGUGCGCCGUACGCGCGGGAGUCUGCGCCGCAGUUGCUUCCGGAUGACCAGGCAUGGUUGGACCACAGAACCUCCGAUGCCAACAAGUCCAAGGAGUUCCAGUCAGCGGGGAACAUUCGGAAGCAAAAGCUCCCGGAGUUGACAUAUGGGGAAGAUCUUCGGUUCCCUAUGCGUCCCGCCCAGAUUGUUUAUCGGCAUGCUGGUCCAUUGUCGCAUCAAAAGAGCGCUGCAGCGCUGGCCUACGCUAUGCACGACUUGGAGAACAACUUCGGCAACUGCAGACAUGCCUGGCUGGGCUCCCUGUUCACUCAGGGAGGCUGCUUCCUGAACGUUGACACGCAGGAGUACGUAAUGUCAAUGGGCUUCCGCGCUUGGGGAGCCUUGGGCAUGCGUCUGUCAAAGAGGACUCUGGGCCCUGCUGGCAAGGAGCUGCUGCUGAUGGAGCCAGUCGAUGCUGACACAGUCAGCGCACCCUACUGGAUGCACAACUUCUCAAUGACGACGACAAACUGGCUGGCUGUCUACACGACGACCAUCCUGCCGUGCAGUGUUCCGGAUGAGCUGCAGAUGGAGGGCAUCGGCUUCGUCCUCGAGAUCGAGAAUCUGGACGACCUCCCGCGGGCUGCCAUCAAACGAGGAACCUUCCUGAAGGUCGAGCCCCUCAAGCAGCUCGUCCGGGCCUACAACGUUGAGCUGCCGGAGCAUGGCAGUGGCGCGCGGCGCAACAUCGUAAAAAUCGACCUGGCCAACGCCCUGGUUCGACAUUUGUGGAUGGGUGAGGAAGAAGCGGAGCUGCAACGAAUGAUUGACGCCAUCAUGGGGCGCAAGGCCGCCGUGAGUCCCGAGGUCCUUCACAUCGUGGCAGGGUUGGACCCCGAAAACCAGGAGGACAGAAUGUUCAAAAAGAUGCGACAACAAGCCAAUGAAGAAUUGGAAAAAAGCUUCGUGGCUCGUGGCAGAGCACAGCGGGACGUGGAUCCGGACGCACACCCGAGACCGGGUGGGGCCGCAGCUCCUGCGGCCAAGGCUGCGCCGGCGGCGAAGGCCGCGCCGGCGCCCGUAGACUUGGAGCGGCACGAACACGAAAGAGCUCGUGUCCACCAGGAGCACACGCGCCAGCAUAAGGCCAACGCCGCCAAGGUCAACCAGCUCACGCCGAGUUCUUUGAAGAAGCUUCUCCCCGGGAAGGGAGAGAUUGCAGACGUCUUCAGCAUCGAGUACCAUCCAGUUCAGAAGCAUUUCAGGGUGAAGUAUCCUUGA